AUGUAUUUCAUUCACAUGCACCAUUUCCUCUUUGCUCCACAGGACAGACUUGAAGGGACAUUAGGAGGCAUAUUCCACUUUCACUCGUUGUCUCAGGUGGGAAUACUUGAGGUUAAAAACAAACUGGGUUCGUUUCAUUACAAGGAGCACCCCCUGAAUCACAGUGCAGGGAUACCCUUUAAGUACAAUGACCCUCUUGACGUCAUCAUCAAGCCAGGCCAGAGGGGGUUUCUGGUCCUCUGGAAUCAGACAAGUCUGUUGGUGUCCCCCAAUUCAGGCCAGAUCGUCGAAACCGUGCAGCUGUGGAGAGGGAACACAAUCGUUACCCCCAAUAUCUCUGACAUGGGAAUCAACAUCCACAGCAUCGCCUCGAAUACUUAUGAGCUGGCUUUGCUGACACGGGAAAAUGUUGUAUACUACGGGAACCAGGGUUACCUGGGAACCACCUUAGUCCAACUGCCGGAUCAGCCUCUCUGGUCUGAAGAAACAGGCAUCUCUUUCACCGACACUGGCAUGCUGGAGGUCCUCACGCCGGUAGCCGACCCACAGUUCCCAGCGUUUGACUUCCAGAAGUGCAUCGUGAACGUGCAGGCCGUUCUCAAUAUGCCCGACCUUCAGAUUGAACCGUGUAAUGUGGAGUUUCUGGAUAGCACCAUGGUAGAACAAAUGUUCACGAUAGACAUGAACAGCCAGCUGGAUCUGUCUGCCCUCAUGAUUCCCCGGCCAGGCAAGAUCCCCAUUCCACUGGUGAUGGUCAGCAACCCACACUCCUUGGGGCUCGAGGCACACAUCAUUGAGUUUGGCAACACUUUCGACGGCAACUAUAAGUACAAACUGGAGAUUGAACUCAGACAGCAGCAGCAUCAGGACAGUGCGGACCUCAACUUCACCACCAGCAUCAAGCGGAACACCAUCUCCUCCGUAACCGUGGACAUAGCCGACAAGACAGUCGCGUGUGUGGACCUGAAGCCGCUGUCCACGCUCAUCUCCAUCGGCUGUGACAAGACAAAGAAGAUUCUCGUGCAGAACAAAAUCUCCGCCUGCUCCAUGGGAAUCCUCAGCCCGGUGGAGCUGCAGAGAAACUAUACUUACACCAUUGAGAAGGAAGCCUACAGACCAAUAAGCUACGAUGCCCCGGCCCAGUCCGACCUGGUGGUGUAUUACCAGUACGAGAAACUGGGCUGCCCUCGCCUGGUCUACUACGACAAGCCGUGGAAGCCCGUGGUGGAGAUUGGUGGCCUCCCGUGGAACCUCAGCUUGUGUCUCAGGUGGAAGAACGGGAUUCUAGAGGAAAUCAUGAACGCUGAGUACGUGAUCUCGGAGGUCAACGGGAUAACCACCUACUCCUACUCCCUGACGGCUGCCACCGCGAACUGCCGAUCGCAGCCUCAGAACUGGAGCACCUUUAAGUCAGAGUUUGACUUUUUAUUCCAACGAACCCUCUGGAACAGAGAGAACUACAUCAGCUGCCAUGAGGACAACAAGGACAACCCCCUGCUGUGGCCAGAGGUCGAGUAUCAGAUCUUAGGUGGCCAGACAGACAAUAGGGUUAUUUUUGGCCAAAGAAAUGGAAUCUAUACCUUCCUUCUGUCUGUGGUGGAUCCAUAUUACAGCUACUGCAACCUGGAAACCAUGUUCAGCGUCUACGUGGAUGGGGCCCUACCCAUGGCGUUCUUCUCACCAGAGCUCAGCAUCACCCUGCUAGUCUUCACGACACUGCUGAGCAUGUGGCUGGCCUAUGCCAUCCCCAAGGAACUGAGCACAGAGAGGGGCCAGCGCUUCAGGAACUUCUGCUCCUGGCUGUUUCAGGGCUGCCUGGGGCGCUGCAGAUGGGACUGGCUGUGGAGCAGACUGAGGCUGUGGCUGCGCUCCAGGAGGGUGGGGGACCAGCCAGAGAGAAUCCCAAGAACACAGAGAAACCAGACAGACUUUCAGAAACAGCCAGACACAGAGGCUGUGAGGGGCCUCUGACCUCCAUGUGGCCUCUUGUCCCAAUAAAUUGUUAAUAAUAAAGAGUGACCAGGUAGUGUCAAUGCCAA